AUGGCUACGCGAACGCCGGGUAGGCAUCCCAGGGUGCAAAAGCAUGCCAGGUCGGAUUCUCGGCAGCAGAAGCGGAAGCGCGACGAAGAGGAUCUCCAAAAGCUGCAACAGGCUGUGAAUGAGCUGGAUACCAAGUCAACAGAUAUAAAGAAUUUCUCGGACCUUCCCCUCUCGCAGGCGACAAUCAGUGGACUCAAGUCGUCGCACUUCCAGACACUCACCGAGGUGCAACAACAAGCCAUCCCCCUCGCCCUCAAAAACAACGAUGUGCUAGGUGCCGCCAAGACAGGGAGCGGAAAGACUCUUGCAUUCUUAAUUCCUGUACUGGAAAAGCUUUUUCGGGCACAAUGGACAGAGUUCGACGGCCUUGGGGCCCUGAUCAUCUCUCCCACCCGUGAGCUUGCCGUGCAGAUUUUCGCGGUUCUUCGCAAGAUUGGUCGGUACCAUGCCUUCUCGGCGGGGUUGGUCAUUGGUGGAAAGAGCUUGAAAGACGAGGCAGAACGAUUGACGCGGAUGAACAUUCUGGUCUGUACACCUGGUCGAAUGCUACAGCACCUGGACCAGACUGCCGGUUUUGACGCGAAUAACCUACAAAUACUGGUCCUAGAUGAGGCCGAUCGCAUCAUGGACAUGGGGUUUCAAUCUGCCGUUGAUGCGCUGGUAGAACACUUGCCGAGGGCAAGACAAACUCUCAUGUUCAGCGCGACGCAAAGCAAGAAAGUGUCCGACUUGGCAAGGUUAAGUCUCAAGGAUCCCGAGUACGUCUCGGUCCAUGAAGCGGCCACGAGUGCGACACCAACAAGUCUCCAACAGCACUACAUCACGACCCCUUUACCCGAAAAGCUCGACACGCUGUUCGGUUUCCUGAAGUCAAAUCUCAAGAGCAAAAUCAUUGUCUUUCUAAGCUCGGGAAAACAGGUUCGAUUUGUUUACGAAAGUUUUCGUCAUCUCCAACCUGGUAUCCCCUUGCUACAUCUUCACGGCCGACAGAGGCAGGUAGCCCGCCUCGAAAUCACGUCUCGGUUCACAGCUGCCAAGCAUUCGUGCCUAUUCGCCACGGAUGUAGUUGCUCGAGGCCUUGAUUUCCCAGCCGUCGAUUGGGUCAUUCAGGCGGACUGCCCGGAAGACGUCGACACGUACAUCCAUCGCGUCGGCAGGACAGCGAGAUACCAGAGCAAUGGCCAAGCCGUUUUAUUUCUUGAUCCCAGCGAAGAGCCCGGCAUGAUCAGGCGCUUGGAACAAAAGAAGAUCCCCAUACAAAAAGUCAACGUCAGGGAAAAAAAGAAGAAAAGCAUAAAGAACGACCUGCAAAAUAUGUGUUUCAAAAACCCGGACCUGAAAUACCUCGGUCAAAAGGCCUUCAUCAGCUACGCCCGCGCAAUUCACCUCCAAAAGGACAAGGAAAUUUUCAAACUGAACAAGCUGGACCUCGACGGUUUCGCAUCCGGCCUCGGCCUCCCUGGCACUCCGCAAAUCAAGUUUCGCAAAGGAGACGACAUCAAGAAAAUUAAAAAUGCCCCCAGGGACGGCAUGUCCAGCGGAUCCGAAUCAGACAUGGACCUGGACGGCGAAUACGACAAGACCGACAAGAAGGACAAGAAGAAGCCAGAAGUACGCACCAAAUAUGACAAAAUGUUUGAGAGAAAAAACCAGGACGUCCUCUCCAGUCACUAUGCUAAACUCGUCGUGGACGGCGGAGACGACUCCGGCUCUGACGACGACAUCCUCUCCGUCAAGCGCCGCCUCAACGACCACGAUGUCGACGCCGAAAUCGACAAGGGCCACGUUUCCAACGCCAAAGUGCUCCAUGGUCUUGGCGGCGACGAGCCCUACGUCAUUGAUUCCAAACGUCGCGAAAAGGCUCUUCAGUCCAAGACGAAAAUGCUCAAGUUCAGGGGCAAUCCCACGAAGCUCGUCUUUGACGACGACGGCAACUCGCACGAAAUUUACGAGCUUCAACAUGAAGAGGAUUUCAAACGGGCCGGCCCAGCAGACGAACAGCGCCAGACUUUCAUGGAGAGCGAGUCCGCAAGAGUCAAGGCGGCCGAUGUCGACGACAAGCAGCUCGCCAAGCAGAAGAAGCGCGAGAAGCGCGAGAAGCGAAAGGCCAGACAGCGCGAGGGGCUGGGAGAUGGUGAGGCACCCGUGUUGGCCGGCGCGGCCGAUGAAGAGGAUCCUCUGGCGCUGUUGAGGUCGUUGCCCACGGCUGGCGAACAGGCAGACGACGAGCCGCCGAAGAAGAAGGCAAAGAAGUGGUUUGAGAAUGACGACGACGACGACGCCGACGCCGACGUCAAGGCGGAGAGCACGAACAAGGGCAAGACGUUGCAGCUUACAGGGGAGCCAGAGACAUUGGAGGAUCUCGAGGCCCUGGCGACGGGCUUAUUGGAUGGUUGA